UACAUCGACCAGGGUGGUAAAACCAAUGAAGACGCUGGACUCUCCGAGCUUUCAGAGCAGCACCUGAACGCAACAGCAGCCAGUUGGUCUCAGUGCGGUUCAGAGAAAACUUCAAACCGACUUGAGCAGGGACGGAAACGCGCUCACAGAUCCGCUCUCUGUCACGUUUAGCUCUAGUCCGAGCACGAAGAGACGAAAUAACUGAGAAACGAGCCGUUAAAGAUGCCGGCCACAGAGAAGGACCUGGCUGAGGACGCUCCGUGGAAGAAGAUCCAGCAGAACACCUUCACCCGCUGGAUCAACGAGCACCUGAAGUGCGUCAACAAACGGAUCGUGGACCUGCAGCUGGACUUGGGCGACGGCCUGAGGCUCAUCGCCCUGCUGGAGGUCCUCAGCCACAAGAGCAUGCUGAGAAAGUACCACCAGAGGCCCAACUUCAGGCAGAUGAAACUGGAAAACGUGUCGGUGGCACUGGAGUUUCUGGAGAAAGAGAACAUCAAGCUGGUCUCCAUAGACUCUAAAGCCAUUGUGGAUGGGAACCUGAAGCUGAUCCUGGGUCUGGUCUGGACUCUGAUCCUGCACUACUCCAUUUCCAUGCCAGUGUGGGAGGGCGAGGGAGAAGAGGCAGAGUCAAAGACUCCUAAGCAGCGUCUGCUGGGCUGGAUCCAAAACAAAGUCCCGGAUAUGCCAAUCAACAACUUUAGCCAGGACUGGAGGGAUGGCAGGGCACUGGGAGCACUGGUGGACAGCUGUGCACCUGGUCUGUGUCCAGACUGGGAGACCUGGGAUCCAGUCAAACCAGUGCAGAAUGCCAGUGAAGCCAUGCAGCUAGCUGACCAGUGGCUUGGCAUCCCGCAGGUGAUAGCUCCAGAGGAGAUCAUUGAUCCCAGUGUGGACGAGCAGUCGGUCAUGACUUACCUGUCCCAGUUCCCCAAAGCCAAACUGAAGCCAGGAGCUCCACUGAAACCCAAGCUCAACCCCAAGAAGGCCCGCGCAUAUGGACCAGGUAUUGAGCCAACAGGGAACAGGGUGCUGCGUCCUGCUGUGUUCACAGUGGACACGUUCAGUGCAGGUCAGGGUCAGGUCACCGUCUACCUGGAUCACCCAGACGGCACCAGAGAGGAGCUGAAGCCAGAGCCCAACGAGGGCAAGAAGACCUACAGUGUUAGCUAUGUUCCUCAAGUCAUGGGAACUCACAAGGUGACGGUGUUGUUUGCAGGCCAGCAGAUUCCUAAGAGUCCGUUUGAGGUGAACGUGGACAAAGCGCAGAGUGAUGCCUCCAAAGUCACAGUCAAAGGCCCGGGAAUCGAACCUCUGGGCAACGUCACCAACAAACCCACCUACUUUGACAUCUACACAGCAGGAGCCGGAACAGGAGAUGUGACAGCCAUGAUCAGAGACCCUCAGGGCCACCAGGACAGCGUGGAGGUGAUGAUUGAGGAUAAAGGUGACAGCAUGUACCGCUGCACCUACCAGCCCACCCAGGCUGGACCACACACAGUCACCGUGAAUUUUGGAGGAAUGGGGGUCCCCAAGAGCCCCUUCAGUGUGGACGUGGGGCCGGCCAGCACACCAGCAGCGUGCAAGGCAACGGGUCGGGGUCUCCAGCCAUCAGGGUUGAGGGUGAAGCAGGUUGGUGACUUCAAGGUGGACACCAGGAACGCCGGCAGUGGAGACCUGAAGGUGGUCGUCAAGGGACCCAAAGGCAUCGAAGAGCCGGUGAAGCUGAUCUCCAGUCAGGACAGCGUAUACUCCUAUGAGUAUUUUCCCAAAAGUCCUGGCAAACACUCAGUCUCCAUCACCUGGGGGGGGCAGCACAUCCCCAAGAGCCCAUUCGAAGUGGCGGUGGGUCAGGAGGCGGGGCCUCAGCAGAUCAGGGCCUGGGGUCCUGGUCUGGAGGGAGGCGUUGUGGGUAAACCUGCCACCUUCAUUGUGGAGUCCGUCGGCACUGAUGUCGGAGUGUUGGGUUUUGCCAUCGAGGGACCUUCCCAGGCUAAAAUCGAGUGCGAGGACCAGAAUGACGGGUCAUGUGAUGUCUGUUACUGGCCGACAGAGGCCGGCGAGUACGCUGUCCAUGUGACCUGUGACGAGGAGGACAUCGAACACAGCCCAUUCAUGGCCUACAUCGUCCCUGACGAUGGCAGCAGUGACGCAAAUAAGGUCAAGGCUUUUGGGCCGGGGCUAGAGAAGAGCGGCCGCCUGGUCAACCAGCCCACUGAGUUCACUGUCAGCGCUAAGGAUGCUGGGAAAGGACCUCUGAAGAUUGCUGCUCAGGAUGUGGAGGGUCGUCCUCUGGAGGUGAAAGUGAAGAGUAAAGGCGAUGGGCUGUACUCCUGCUCCUACACGCCCACCUCCCCUCUCAAACACACCGUGGCCGUCGCCUGGGGAGGAGUCGGCAUCCCCAACAGCCCCUUCAGGGUCAAUGUGGGUAAAGGCAGCCACCCCGACAUGGUGAAGGUGUUUGGCCCUGGAGUGGAGAGGACCGGACUGAAGGCCAACGAGCCCACACACUUCACCGUGGACUGUUCUGGAGCUGGAGACGGUGACGUCAGCGUGGGCAUCAAGCGUGACGCCAGUAUGGUCGGUGACAGAGAGGUUGACGUAGAUUUUGACAUCAUCCCCAACGCCAACGACACAUUCACCGUCAAAUACGUCCCUCCUGCUGCUGGAAGACUCACUGUUAAAGUCCUGUUCACUGACAAGGAAGUUCCACAGAGCCCCUUCAGUGUCAAAGUCGAUCCCUCCCAUGAUGCAUCAAAGGUUAAAGCAGAGGGUCCUGGACUGUCACGCACUGGUGUAGAGAGCGGUAAGCCGACUCAUUUCACAGUGUUGACUAAAGGAGCCGGGAAAGCACCGCUGGAUGUUUCCUUCUCAACUCCUGUCAAAGACUUCGACAUCAUCGACAACUAUGACUAUUCUCAGACAGUCAAAUACACGCCUGUACAACAGGGGGAGAUGAACGUCUCGGUGAAGUAUGGAGGAGAUCCCAUCACUAAGAGCCCAUUCACGGUCGGAGUCGCUGCUCCGCUGGAUGUGAGCAAGGUCACUGUGAACAACCUGGAUGGAAGAGUGGAGGUCGCUCAGGAACAGAAGUUUAUGGUUGACACCAAGGGUGCAGGAGGUCAGGGUAACCUGGAGGUGGCGGUGCUGAGUCCCAGUCACCGGGCGGUACCAUGCAAAGUGGAGCCCCAGUCCAGUAAAGCACAUGUCAGUCUGGUCCGUUACACUCCCACAGAGGAGGGGGUCCACGCGGUCAACGUGUCUUACGACGGACACCCUGUCCCUGGCAGUCCCUUCUCUGUGGAGGCCCAGCUGCCUCCAGACCCCAGCAAGGUGAAGGCGUUCGGUCCUGGUCUGAAGGGAGGCCUGGUGGGGAGUCCAGCAGAGUUCACCAUUGACACCAAGGGUGCUGGCACCGGAGGUCUAGGCCUGACGGUGGAGGGUCCAACCGAGGCCAAGAUCGAGUGUUCGGACAACGGCGACGGGACCUGCUCUGUCUCCUACCUGCCCACCGAGCCCGGAGACUACCUGGUUAACAUCCUGUUUGAGGAGGUCCACAUCCCGGGUUCGCCAUUUAGAGCCGACGUCCAGAUGCCCUUUGACCCCUCUAAGGUGGUGGCGACAGGGGCAGGCCUGAAGAGAGCCAAGGUUGGAGAGCCCAGUGUGGUCAGUGUGGACUGUUCUCGAGCCGGACCAGGACUACUCAGCCUGGAGGCCAUACCAGAUGCCUCCCCGACCAGCCCUACUGGGUCUGCACCAGGCUCAGGUGUUAAAGCUAAGACGGAGGUGGUUGACAACAAAGAUGGCACCUACACAGCGACAUACAUCCCCCUGAGCUCUGGCGUACACACCCUGCAGAUGAAGUAUGGAGGAAAGGCUGUCCCCGGUUUCCCCGCCAAGGUGGUGGCGGAUCCUGCUGUCGACACCUCCGAGGUCAAAGUGUUCGGACCCGGAGUGGAAGGACAAGCUGUUUUUAGAGAAGCCACCACUGAGUUCACAGUAGACGCCCGUCCUCUGACCCGGCGAGGAGGGGACCAUGUGAAGGCAGAGGUCAGGAACCCGUCUGGAGCGAUGACAGACUGCGUGGUUACUGACAAGGCUGAUGGGACCUACAAUGUUGAGUACACUCCUUUUGAGAAAGGUGUCCACAGUGUCCAGGUUCUGUAUGAUGACACCCCAGUUCCUAAGAGCCCAUUCAGGGUUUCUGUGUCAGAGGGAUGUGACCCCAGCAGGGUGGUGGCUGCAGGCCCUGGGCUCCAACAGGCCCUGACCAACAAGCCCAACAACUUCAACAUCACAACCAGAGGAGCAGGUACCGGAGGUCUUGGCAUCACUGUGGAGGGUCCAUCGGAGUCAAAGAUGUCCUGCAAAGACAACAAAGAUGGCAGCUGCAGCGUGGAGUAUGUUCCCUUCACCCCCGGCCUCUACGACGUCAACAUUACCUAUGGAGGACAGCACAUCCCCGGAAGUCCAUUCAAGGUCCCAGCAAAGGAUGUGGUGGACUCCAGUAAAGUCAAGGUAUCUGGUCCCGGUGUGGGCUCAGCAGUCAGGGCCAAUAUCCCACAGUCCUUCACGGUGGACUGCAGGAAGGCAGGUGUGGCCCCACUGGCCGUGGCCGUCAAGCCUCUGAAAGGCGCCGCCGAGCCUGUGGAGGUGACAGACAACAGGGACGGGACUCACACAGUGUCCUACACUCCAACUGUGGAGGGACCGUACUCUGUCGCCGUCAAGUACGCAGAGGAGGACGUCCCCCACAGUCCCUUCAAGUUUCGGGUUCUGCCCACUCAUGAUGCCAGUAAAGUGCGAGCCAGUGGGCCCGGGUUGACCAGUGGCGUCCUCGCCAGCUUCCCUGUCGAGUUCAACGUUGACACCAAAGAUGCUGGCAAGGGCCAACUGGAGCUGCUCAUCACAGACCAGGAUGGUAAAACUAAGCAGCCCAGUAUCCAUGACAAUGAUGAUGGUACAUACGAGGUGUCUUACAUCCCCAACCGUGUGGGCCGGUACACCAUCGCCAUAAAGUAUGGCGGUGACGAAAUCCCUGCAUCACCCUACAGAGUCCGUGCCACAGCUACCGGAGACGCCAGCAAAUGCACCGUCACCGGUCCCGGUGUGGGUCCCACUGUGGCCAUCGGCGAGGAGCUGGGUCUGGUGGUGAAUGCUAAGGGUGCUGGGAAGGGGAGGGUAAGCUGUGUGGUGGUUCAGCCUGAUGGCAGCGAGGUGGAGGCUGAGGUAAUGGAGAACGAAGAUGGCACCUUCGACAUCUUCUACACCGCACCGGCCCCCGGGAACUACAUCAUCUACGUCCGCUUUGGAGGAGAAAACGUCCCGCGCAGUCCCUUCAAAGUCGUGGCUACAGAUGAGGUACCCUUGAUGCAAGAGCAGACAUCUCUACAGCAAAAGGCCGCUCCCCCUGGAGUUGGCUUCCAGCCCUGGGUGACAUCAGAGAACUACAAGCCAGUCAGCAGCAUUAAUGGAAGCGGCUUCAGACCAUUUGACAUGGUGAUUCCUUUCUCCGUCAGGAAGGGAGAAAUCACUGGUGAGGUGCUGAUGCCAUCAGGUAAAUCAGCUCAGCCAGUGAUCACAGACAACUUGGAUGGGACAGUCACAGUGCAAUACUCGCCUACUGAGGCCGGCCUGCACGAGAUGCACAUCAAAUACAAUGGCACACAUAUCCCAGAGUCUCCCCUUCAGUUUUAUGUGAACCACAUCAGCAGCCCCAAUGUCACAGCCUACGGUCCUGGUCUGAGCUACGGCGUCGCCAACAAGAUUGCUACGUUCACCGUAUAUACUGAUGAUGCCUCUGAAGGGGGUCUGGACUUGGCCAUCGAGGGUCCAUCCAAAGCAGAGAUCAGCUGUGUGGACAACCAAGACGGAACCUGCGGUGUCAGCUACCUGCCCACUCUGCCUGGAGACUACAACAUCCUGGUCAAAUACAACGACGAGCACAUCGCCGGAAGCCCAUUCACCGCCAAGAUCACCGAGGACAACCAGCGGCGCUCACAGGUCAAACUGGGCUCAGCUGCAGAUUUCUCUCUGGAUAUUAAUGAGACGGACCUCACCCUGCUGACCGCGAGCAUUAGGUCGCCAUCCGGACGCGACGAGCCCUGUCUGCUGAAGAGGAUGCCCAACAACCACAUUGGCAUCUCCUUCAUCCCCCGGGAGGUGGGUGAACACCAAGUCAGCAUCCUGAAGAAUGGCCGUCAUGUUGCCAACAGUCCCAUAACUAUCAUGGUCGUCCAGUCUGAGAUAGGUGACGCCAGCCGGGUCAAAGUUCAUGGUGACGGCCUCUUCAAAGGAACCACCUUCAACAAUGCCAGUUUUGUUGUGGACACGCAGGAAGCUGGUUAUGGUGGCCUGGCUCUGGCCAUCGAAGGCCCCAGUAAGGUUGACAUCCAAACAGAGGACUUGGAGGAUGGGACAUGUGAAGUCACCUACUGUCCUACUGAACCAGGAAACUACAUAGUCUCAAUCCGCUUUGCUGAGGAUCAUGUUCCAGGAAGUCCAUUCACAGUGCGGGUGACAGGUGAGGGUCGCAUCCGGGAGAGCAUCACCCGACGACAGAAGGCGCCGUCUGUCGCCAGUGUGGGAAGUGUGUGUGACCUCAGUCUUAAAAUACCAGCCAUAGACAUGCAUGAUGUCACUGCUGAAGUCACCUCCCCCUCUGGAGUCAGUCAACCUGCUGAGCUGGUCACUGUGGGAAACGACACCUAUUGUGUGCGUUUCGUGCCAACAGAGAUGGGAGUGCACAGAGUGAGUGUGAAGUACAGGGGCGUCCACGUUCCAGGUAGCCCCUUCCAGUUCACUGUGGGGCCGCUAGGAGAAGGCGGAGCUUCCAAAGUGAAAGCAGGAGGACCGGGUCUGGAGGGAGCAUUGGCAGGAGAGCCAGCUGAGUUCAGUAUCUGGACGAGGGAGGCAGGGGCCGGCGGUCUGUCCAUCGCCGUGGAGGGACCCAGCAGGGCGGAGAUCUCCUUUGAUGACCGCAAAGACGGAUCUUGUGGAGUCGCUUACAUUGCUCAGGAGCCUGGUGAUUAUGAGGUUUCAGUCAAGUUUAACAACCAACACAUCCCUGACAGCCCCUACCUAGUUCCUGUCGUUGCUCCAGUGAAUGAUGCCCGUCGUCUCACUGUUACCGGUCUUCAGGAGUCUGGUCUGAAAGUGAAUCACCCAGCUUCCUUUGCAGUGGGUUUGAAUGGAGCACAGGGAAAGAUGGAGGCCAAAGUCCACAGCCCUUCUGGUGCUCUGGAGGAGUGUGUUGUCACCGAGCUGGAGAAAGACAAAUACGCAAUCAGGUUCAUCCCCAGGGAGAAUGGCAUCCACACCAUUGAUGUCAAGUUCAAUGGCUCUCACAUCCCAGGAAGUCCUUUCCAGGUGCGAGUAGGGGAACCAGGACAGACUGGGGACCCUGGUCUAGUCUCAGCAUAUGGAGCUGGCCUGGAGAGAGGCACAACAGGUAGCCAGUCGGAGUUCAUCAUUAACAACACUAAGGCAGGUCCUGGGGCCUUGGUUGUGACCAUUGAGGGUCCGUCCAAGGUAAAGAUGGACUGCCAGGAGGUCCCAGAGGGCUACAAGGUGCAGUACACCCCCAUGGCACCUGGAAACUAUCUGAUCAGCAUCAAAUAUGGAGGACCAAACCACAUCAUCGGUAGCCCCUUCAAGGCUAAAGUUACAGGUCCUAAACUGGUGAAUGUGACCAAUGCCAGUGAGAUGUCAACCCUGACGGUGGAUCCAGCAGUACAGUUGUCCAGCAGCAGCAGCAGCUUUACCCGCAGUGCUAUGCCAUGGCCGACCGACUCUGACGCCAGCAAGGUGCUGAGCCGAGGACCAGGCCUCAGCAAGGCCUUUGUCGGUCAGAGGAGCAACUUCUCAGUUGACUGCAGCAAGGCCGGUAAGAACAUGCUCAUGGUGGGCGUGCACGGUCCUCAGGCCCCCUGUGAGGAGGUUCAGGUGAAACACUUGGGCAACCUGCAGUACAACAUCAGCUACCUGCUGAAGGAGCGGGGCUACUACAUCCUAGUGGUUAAAUGGGGUGAUGACCAUGUCCCAGGCUCCCCCUUCCACGUCACCGUCCCAUAAUCCACCAAGAAACCUGCUGUCACUCCUCCUACACCAUUUUGCAUCCCUGUUUAAAGGAGAGGCAUUAGUUGCACUGCAAAUAACUGUCCAACAAACAAACGGCUCAAAGUUGUGCGCUUAGUUUUCUGUCAAGACCCGAGGUCUAAAUUAUUUUGUGUUGAUAACCUUUUGCAAAGUUUCUCAAACUGCAAAACUGCCCUUCAAAUAGGAAAAAGUGCCAGAUUUUAAAAACUGGCAUGAAAAUCAACUGAAAGCUGAAGGACAAAGAAAUUGAACACAUCAGUGAAUGGAGGCCGUUACUUGAUGAGUUGGACAUGUUCUGCAGUAAAUCAGAGAGGCAAAAUGGUAAAUGGGGGUAGACAGAAUCUGACCUUUAUCUGGAGCUGUAAAAAAAAUUAAAAGGAGCAAUUAAUUUGUACAAAGACAUCUCAGCUGGUGAUUCUUGCUGCCCUGAAAUGAUCAGGUAUCAAAUACUGCACUCAACGUUUUAUACUUGAUGGGUGAAUUAAACAUAUGCUAUGUUUUACACAAGUAGUUAGUGUGUGACAAUGUCAGGACACAACAGCAAGGUCUCUGCAUGUUUCCAAAAUGUUAAACUGGAUUUGGAAAAGGUUUGCACUGAGACAAGUGGAGCCAAACAUUUAAAUGCUUACAUUUAGAAAAAUCACAUCUUUUUUUACACAGUGCCAAGAAACAACAUGAAACACAUGCAACAUGGACUUCUGAGAGAUUUUAGUGGUUCCUUGUAACAAGGAGCCAAAUUAACCUUGUUCUCUCUUCUUGACAUGAGGAAAACCAGCCAAUAAUUGCCAAAUCUGUGCAGAACCUUUCAAUAUUAUGAUGAAGUGCUGUGAACGAAACAACUUCUCAAUUAAAAAAGAAAACUAGUUCUGUAUUUAGUUUCAGUUAUGUGUUUUUAAAGUGUGGGCUGACCAGACCUGCCAAACUAUAUGUGACUACUGUUUAUUGCUUUCUUUCUUUUGAACCUUGUCUUCCAAAGUCCCAUGAGUACAUAAUGUUGCCAUUUAAAAAAAAAUAAUAAAAAAUUGGUGACUGUGUAAGAUGCCUUCACACUACUGUUUCCUGCACUGUACAACUGACUACUUAAUAUACGACCAUGAGUCUAGGGUUCAUUGCUGUUCUCUGUAGUUCCUUCAGCUGCAGUUUCACAUGAACACAUCUGACUUUUAACUUUGCAGUUCAGUUCUGAUCUACUCCCUGUCUGCUCUUGGGCAGUAGAAAUCGAACUCUGGUAAGAAAGCUGGAUGACUAUGAUAUUGAUUAUAUAUCAAUAUUUCUCAGAGCAGUAAUACUCUUUACAGUGAAUGCAAACUCAAAAGCACUGCAUACAACACUGAAAUCAGAUCUGAGCUGGAAAAGGAGAGGUCAGAUUUUUGGUUUGUGUAAAUCCUGGAGAAAUUAAUCUUGUCUUCUUUUACCUGGAUGCUACCUAAUCACCACUACUUUUGAUACUUGAGGGAUGUAAGGAUUUUUGUACAGAGGGAAUCAUCUCAUUUUUGCAUUAGGCAAUGGGUGUUUUAAUGUGAAACUAAGUCCUGCAAUGAUGUACAUUUGAUAACUGAAAUAAACUGGAAUUAAGAA